AUGCGCACCCACGACAACAAUGAGGACGGCCAGUCUCCACAGGCUAUGCUCCAACAAGGCAGUGUGGAUGGGUUCAAAGCCGAGCGCAAAAUCAGAGGACUACAAUGGCUCGUUGUCGUCCUGUCAGUCCUGUCAUCAACGUUUCUCUAUGCUCUGGACAACACUGUCACUGCCACCGUGCGGCCUAGUAUGAUCACCACCUUUGGCAACCAGGUGAACAUGCUUCCAUGGCUCUCCGUCUCGUAUCCCAUGGGAGAGUUCAAUAACAAGACCGUAUACCUGGCCGCUAUUCUCAUAUUCGAGGUUGGCUCGGCCGUCAUUGGCUCAGCGCAAACGGUUCAAGCCGCUAUAAUCGGCAGGGCCAUCGCUGGCUUUGGAGGAUCAGGCAUCUACGUCGGCACAAUGACCAUAAUCUCCGCGAUGACUCUGGAAAUCGAGAGGGCUAGCUACCUGAACAACGUUGGCAUGGCCUGGGCCUUGGGGACUCUCCUCGGCCCAGUUAUUGGAGGGGCUUUCGCUGACUCGCAAGCCACGUGGAGAUGGGCCUUUUACAUCAACCUCUGCAUCGCCGCUCUAGCUGCUCCAGCCUGCAUCUUCCUCAUCCCGUCCUGUCCUGCGCCGACUACAGCUCCUCGGUGGGAUCGAAUCAAGCGCAUCGACUAUGUCGGUGCAACUCUAUUCUUAGGAGGUGUUAUUGCUGUUGUCAUGAUACUUGGGUUCGGUGGGGCCAUAUGGGACUGGCGAAGUGGUCAGAUGGCAGGCCUGUAUGCCGCCGCCGCCGCUAUAUGGCUCCUCUUCUGUGUCCAGCAACGCUGGAGUCUAUUGGCUCUAGAACGUGUCUUCCCAGUCCAGCUCGUCGGUCGACUGGACAUGGUUAUAUUCUUCUGCUGGGGAGCUCUCGCGAUUUCUAACAUGGUCGUGACCAUCUAUUCACUACCCCUUUUCUUCCAGUUCGUCUAUGGGGACUCGGGGUUGCGGUCAGCAGCUUACACGAUCCCAUUCAUUGCCGCCGCCUUCGGCUCUACCGGCGGCGCGGGUCCACUCUUUGGCAAAUAUCCAAUGUACAUGCCAUGGUUCGCAGCCUGCAGCGCACUCAUGCUAAUCGGGAACGGGCUACUUUCAAGCAUCGAUUAUCACACCUCCCGGGGAACAAUCUGCGCUUUCACUGUCAUUCAAGGCCUGGGCUGUGGGCCCGUAAUUCAACUGGGAUAUACCGCAGCUCAGGUGAAGGUCAGCCGAACGGAUAAAGACGACAUCCGAAGCGUGACAGCCUUCAUGAGUUGCUCUCAAAUGGCUGGCCUUGCGUUGUCGCUCGGAGUUGCUACCACGGUGUUUCUCAAUAGCGCUACUGCAGAUAUCGCCGCGAUUAUCCCAGGUGUUCCCCGCGAGGUAAUUCAAGACACGAUCAAUGGCCUAGACACGUCACUUGUGGGUGAUCUUACAGCAGAGGCCCGCACCCACGUCCUUGAGGCAAUAGCUAACAAUGUGGCUAAAACCUUCUACUUAAAUGUUGCUGGAGCUGCGUUUGGGUUCAUUUUGUCGCUUGCAAUGAAACGCGAGAGACUGGAACUUGAAUCGUCCACGAAAUCGAAGAGCGAGGUCUCACAUUAA